AUGGCGUUGCUCAUGUGAAAACCUCUCUCUUGGGGCUGGUCCCUGGAGGACGGAUGAUUAGACUCUUAAGGCGUCUCUUAAACAAAUUCCUGCCUCCAAAUGCUCACGAGCUGGUGUCUGGAAAGCUGCACAUCAUCCUCACCCGCCUGCACGACUGGAGAAGUGUGACAGUGUCCGAGUUUGCCUCGAGGGAGGAGCUGAUUCAGGCUGUGGUAUGCAGCUGCUUCAUCCCGUUGUAUUUUGGGUUGUCCCCUCCAACGUUCCGUGGGGUGCGCUACCUGGACGGGGAGCUGGCCAUGUGGAGAGCUGACUUCGUGUCCCGCAGCACCAUCACCGUCUCUGCCUUCGCCGGCGAGUACGACAUCUGCCCCAAGGACGGCCCAGCUGCCUUCCUGACCUUCCAGCUCUCUGAUUCUAUCUUACAGAUCUCAAAAAUGAACAUGUGUCGCUUAUUCUACAUUUUUUGUCCUCCCACACGUCAGGUCAUGAAUCACUUUUAUAUCCAGGGCUACCAGGACACGGUCUCCUUCCUAAAAAAACUGAGUGAUUUCCAGGUGAAUUACUUCGAGGGCUUCACACUUUCCUUGGCCAAGGAAUUAAAUCAGAAAGCUGAGGAGAACCUCCACCUGAAGCCACCACAGAGGAUUCUUCACUCCAGUGCCACAGAUCAUGAGGAUGACACCAAAGAGAAUCCAGGGAUCAGCCAGGCAGCAGAUGAAGAAGAAUAG